AUGCUCUUUGUUCUAACCAAUAUCUAUAAACGAGUAUCCGUACAACAACGAUCUGUUGAUCAAUUCAUUAAUUCAUAUGAUCAAUAUGCAGCAGAUCAAGAUGAUACUGAUGAUAAUACAUUUGACAGUAAUGAACAGAUCAUCGAUAGCUUCCAGGAAGCUAACAAUGAUAUGGAACAAUUUGAAGAAGCUAACAUAAAUUCCGCUUUAUCACAAUAUUACAACGAUGAAUCAAAAAAAUUAAUUGAAGAUGAGAUGAUAGAAGCAAUGCAAGAGAUAAAAUUAGAUGAUGCAAUAUUUACCAAACUUUUAAAUCCAUUAAUUAUCACAGAAACACCUAAAACUACUUUGUUAAAUGCUAAUUUUUUAAAUAUACCUACUUCCAUUCUUCCUACCACUAUUACAUAGAAAAGCAGGGCAGCAUUGACUGAAAAAUUUGAAGCUGAAAUUGAAGAUGAAAAUGCGAAAGAUGAUUAUGAAUAUGAAAAUCUUAAGAAUGGUUAUGAAUAUGAAAAUCUUAAAGAUGAAAGUCAAAUUUUUAGUACUAUUUCAACUUCAACUAUUACUGCUACGACAAGUACUACCAGUAUUACAGUACCUGAAUUCACUCCAAUAUCACAAUUCCAUCAUCAUCACCAUCAUCACCAUCAUCAUCACCAUCAUCAUCAUCAUCAUGAUCAAUAUGAGCUCUAUGAUCGUCGAUCACCAAUAAUUGUGACAGCCCUAUUCGAUAUAGGUCGUGGAAAAUGGCCCAGAUAUACUAGAACUUAUGAGCAGUAUAUGUAUUACUUAAAGCAUUUAUUAAAAUUAAAAAACUGUCUUGUUAUUUAUACUGAUAAAAAGGGAGCAGAAUUUGUACGACAAAUGAGAAAUAAUCAUAAUACUCAGAUAUUUGAAAUGUCAAUGCAUGAACUUCCUUUGUAUAGAUAUCGUGAAGAAAUGGAAGAUAUCAUACGACGUGAACAAGAAAAUUGGCAAUUUGGUCCAAAAACACGCUAUCAUCCGGAAGCAAAUAGCGCCGAUUACAAUAUAAUUGUUAAUUCGAAACCCUAUUUUUUAUAUAAUGCAACGCAAAGCGCUCGAUUUCGAGCGUCAGAUCGGAUGUUUGCUUGGAUUGAUGCCGGAUACGGUCAUGGUCGAGAGGGAAUCAUUCCAAAUCAUUGUCACUGGCGACCGAAUCUUCGACGUGAUCGCAUGACAAUUAUUAAACUGACACCGGCACAUGAUAAAGUGUCCAGGUAUUCAAUAACUGAUCUAUACCGUGUUGAUUGGGUUGUAUUAAGCGGUGGCUUUAUUGCUGGUGAUAGUUAUACAAUUAAUCGUUUUUAUCGAUUUUAUCAAAAAUCAUUUAUGGACUUAUUAGAUUCUGGAAGAAUUGAUGAUGAUCAGACGGUGUUGACAUUGAUGCUUAAACAUUAUGCGACUUUGUUCAAUCCGCUAACGAGUAACGGUGAUUGGUACGCCAUAUUUCGACUAUUUCCGUGUUAA